AGCCCUAUACUGGAGGUGUUGAUCAGUGAACCAAAAGCCACGCUUAUCAGAACACAAACACACAUCGGACUCACUCAGACAAGGGACUUCAGCUUCAAACUCAGCCUAAAGAAGAACUGCUUUGUGUUGUUCUGGAUAUCUGUUUUUCUUUGCUGGAUUUGGACACAGCUGGAUCUCAAAGAUGAAGGGGCAUUUUUCCAUCGAGUGGCUUUCUCAAAGCAGCCAGGCCUCGGGAUCCACACUUCCCUCAAACUCUUGGGUCUCUCCCGGCCGGGACGUCCCGAGCACCUCUGGCACUGCCUCUGAGAGCCUUCCUGGCUUCUACAGCAGAUGGGGACCGGAAAACACGGAGAAUCAGGAGAAACAUAUGGAGCCAGCACAGCCGGGAAACAGUUUGUUGUGUACAUCUACACAAGAUACCAAAUCCAAUGACAACAAUAUCAUCCAGCAACACACUCACGAGCCAGGUUUCAGCAGCAGCAGCGCGGAGGAGGAGGAGACGUCAGGGUACGAGAGCGAGGGUGGGCCCUAUCUCUCACCCGGGGCCCCCAAAGAAUCGGCCCCGACAGUGUCGCCCUCUACCGGCCGCAGACCCCGAACUGCGUUCACCGCGGAGCAGAUCAACAGUCUGGAGAGAGCCUUCAAGAGAAACGCUUAUCUCGGAGCCCAGGACAAAGCUGAGCUCUGCAAAAGACUGAAUCUGUCUGAUAAACAGAUCAGAAACUGGUUCCAGAACCGACGCAUGAAGCUGAAACGGACCGUUCAGGACAGUCUGGCUCAUGCCUGCCAGGCCAAGGUGGCCUCGCAUAUGAUGCAUUACUCCGAUCUGCACAGUUUCCGUGCCACUCCGUAUACCAGCUACUAUCCAGCGGUCCAGGAGACCCCAGCACCUUACGGCCCUGGAUUUCACUACAGUCCUGCUACAGCUGGAGGCCUGCCGACUCUGCCUGUGGAGGCCCUAUAUCAGUACAGCACCCUACAGAGCCUUCCUGUCCAUCCCAGCAACCCUUCCAUGAUGAGUCCAUACCAGCCCUAUCACUCACAGUACUACAACACACAGUGAGACGAGAGACCGACAACAAAACAUUAAUUUCUGCCUGUUAAGCCUUGUGCUUGGUUUACAUCUUUGCAUUUGUGAAUACAGGGUGAAGUGCAAUAACAAAUGUGAUCUUGAAUUAUUAUUUAAAUAUGUUUGUAAAUCUUGAGAAAGUUCUAUUUCGUUCAUGUCUAUGUGUACAAGAGGAGUGUAUAAAUAAAUCAUUUUCUAUUUGAUUACA